UGCACCAAGGUAUGCAUCGUCCGGUGACUAAUUUCAACGUUUUUAUUGUAAAUAUUUGAGCUAAGAGUACAAGUGAAAGUUAUAUGAGUUCGUAUUAGGCUUGUACGCGUUUGUGUUGCUAAUAAUGUGAUAAUUAUCGCUAAGAAGUGUCCACAUCACUUCAUACUACGAAUCGGAUCGGAUGGAACUCGUUGCUAUAUAAGUUGAAGUAUUUACAACGCCUACGAUUCUCGUUUACGAACCUGUUUUAAGAAGCUAUCAGGGACUACUAUGUUUAUCAAAACAAAUGAAAUCUGUGCACGAUGAUAAUAAAAUCAAAGGUGUAUAUAUGAAUAGGCACUUACUUACAGAUGGCUACGAUGAUGCUGGUGCGGUUGAACAUGCGCCUGGCGCUGGCGGCGCUGUGCGGCGGCGUGCUGCUCGUCACGCUGUACUGGGGCCGCUGCGGUGACUUGACGCGCAGGCCUAUAAGUUCGGUGCUGUCGAACGCGCUGUCGGAGCGCGCCGGUGACGAGAUCGAGUGCUGGAUCAACGGGGAGUACUCCGUGGCGUGCCUGCGGGACAGGGACCAGGUGUACGUGCCCUUCUCGUUCAUACACAAGUAUUUUGAGAUAUACGGCAAAAUAACUUCCGUCGAUGGCGUGGAAAAGUUCGAGUGGUCGCAUAGUUACAGUAAAGUGUACCACCCUAAGAAGAAAUACGAUCCGCGUGGCACAUUCGCGACCUUCGAGAAUUACAACGUCGAAGUUCGCGACCGAGUAAAAUGCAUAAGCGGUAUCGAAGGAGUACCAGUUUCCACGCAAUGGGAACCCAAAGGAUUCUUCUACCCCACCCAAAUUGCUCAAUUUGGCUUGGCUCAUUACAGCAAGAAUAUUACUGAACCAGAACCGAGGGUCAAGAUAAUCGAUGACGGUGAGAAAUAUCGUGAAAAUUGGAUCGUCAGUAAAGACGCUGUCACGACGAGGGAAUUCGAUUCGGAACUUAAAGCUAAUGUUUUGAGGUUUUCAACGACAGACCACGUAUCCAGCCAAGUAUGGUUGAAAGUGAAUAUAAGCCAGGAUUUCGUUUUGAGUAUGGAUCUGAUGUUAAAACCGAACUCGAGUAUGACGGUGGUUUUGCAGAACAAGGAAAAGAAGGAAACGGUGUACCUGCAUUAUGUGACGAGCACGCAGCUGAUAUAUGCGCAGGAAGACCACAUAUACUAUGGGAUCGGCGUUGACCAGAAGUGGCGUCGGCUAACGCGAGACCUUAUCAUUGACAUGCAAAAAGGGUGGGCGCUACAGGACCGGCCCAAACGGAAAUCACCCCGGAAUAAAUUUAAGAUAUCGAGCCUCAUCCUGAGCGGCGCGGGCGGCGUGCGCGACGUGCGCGUGGCGUCGUCGGCGCACCCGGCGCACUUCUUCGCGGCGGCGCGCUGGCUGGUGCGCGCGCAGCGGGCGCGCGGCGGCUGGCCCGUGCCCGCGCGCCGCCGCCUGGCGCCCGCCGCGCCCGACCUGCGCCCCGGCUGGCACUCGGCCAUGAGCCAAGGCCACGCCAUCUCGGUGCUGUCGCGCGCCUUCUACCGCAGCGGCGACGCGGGCUACCUGCGCGCCGCGCAACGCGCGUUGUACCUGCUGGACGUGCCCAGCCACGCGGGGGGCGUCAAGGCCAUGUGGAUGGACAAGUAUCUGUGGUAUGAAGAAUACCCAACUAAGCCGCCCCUAUUCGUUCUAAACGGCUUCAUAUACACGCUCCUAGGCCUCUACGACUUGCACGUGAUCGAAGGUGAGAACUCCAUAUCUCUAGCCAAGAAGAUGUUCGACGACGGCAUGGUGUCUCUGAAAGCCUUGCUCCCUCUAUUCGAUACAGGAAGCGGAAGCUUCUAUGACUUGAGGCAUUUUACUCUGGGAGUUAGUCCCAACAUCGCUAGGUGGGACUACCACGCCACCCAUGUCAACCAAUUGUACCUUCUGUCUGGAUUGGACCCCGAUCCGAUAUUGAUCAACACUGCCAAAAGAUGGGAGGGCUACAUGCAGGGGAAACGGGCGGCGCACAAUUGACGUACCGAAUAAUCGUUUAACGGUACAGAAAAAGUCGAGAACAAUCUAUAACUCGUGAAAAUCGAGUUGCGGAAGUUGAUCUUUGUAAAGUUAUGAAGUAGCUUGAUGUUCGUCAAGCGUAGUGAGGUUAAUCUGAUAUUUUUUACAAUAGCAUACGGUAAGAGUAGAAGAACCGAUUCAGUGGAAUUCGAAUGACAAACAGUAAUAGUGUCUAGAUAUUUUACGCGCUGUGCAAACGCAAACACAUUGCAUGGCUCCGAGACCAUGCAUGCGGCAAAAGUUAUGGACCUGAUAAUAAAUCUAAGAGCGAUGAAUACAGAGAGUAUAAAACUUGGAGUUUUACUCCUUUAUCAAAAUAUAAAUGGGGAAAUCUUUAUUUAAACCCGCGUUAAUGAUAUAAACCUCUGCGAAGCUGAAGUAACUAUUAGCGGAGCAGAUAUCUCAAAGUAUAUAAUGUUUGAGUCCCGAAGUUCUAGACGGGCAACCCUCUAACGGAAUGAGUAAAUCCGGUGGUUUCUUAUGUGUCAGAGAAUAAAAAACAUGAGUCGCAGAACAAGACUGUAAAAUUUGGAUAUGCCUACAAGAUCCGAGCUGUGUCUACGUUUGCGCAGAGCGUAUAAGUUGAUAUAAGUCUGAUAUAGCAUUGUAGGAAUGUAGUUCUUUCUCUGUUUCUUUGACACAGAAUUUUCAAAGACCCGUAAUCGAAGACCAUUUCAACUCUUGUAGUUUUUUGUUUCCCUCCCUCAAUUCCAAUAAUACAUAUAGUUUUAGUUUGAUAAUAAAA